AUGGCUUAAGUGAAUAAAAGGAAGCAAUCUAAAUCUUUGGAUGAUAGUGAAGUAGCAAUUAUCAAAUUAAGUGAUAGUAUAGAGUGAAGCAGUGUAAGGUAGGUGGAUAAAGGAAGAGCAUUAGAAAUUUGUAGAAGCAUUGAGUAUACAUGGAAAGAAUUGGAAAAAAGUUGAAGAAUAUGUUGGUACAAGAAGUGGAGCAUAAAUAAGGUAUUUUUAUAUAUGAUAAUUGUAUCAGAUCUCAUGCCUAGAAAUUUUUCAAUCGUUUAGAGAAAGAAUUUAAUCAAUAAUUUAAUGGACUGAAGAGUUCUGAAAUUAAGGAAAUCUUUGAAAAUAAGAAGUUUCAUUAAUUUUCUGAAGAAGAAUAAAUACAAAGAAAAUAAAAGAAUAACUCUAUUAUAGGUAUGACAUCAUAUUUUAAUAAUUUUAUUUUUAGAUGUAUCCGAUGAUGAAAUCCAAAUUAAUGUAGAAUCUAUGUAAAUGGAAUCUAACCAAUAAUAAUAAUAAAUUAAAGCCCAAUUGCAAUAAGGUAUUUUAGACCUCAAUUUACCUGAUUCACAAAUACAUAAUCCUACUAAAGAAUAAGUCACAAAAUAUCAAUAAUAAUAAAAGAAAAUCUAAAACAAACUAUAAGAUGUUUAAGAUAUAAAUCAAUUACCAGAUGAACUCCUUAAAGAAAUAUGUAAUUUACAUAACGAAAAAGGAAAUAUUAUGGCUAUUUAAUAGAUUCAAAAUGCUUAUUAAUCUAUUUCAGAAGUUGAUCUUAAUGAUGAAUUGUAGAAUUAAUAAAUACAAUUAGAGUAGAAACAACCUUCUAAAUUAGAUCAAGAUAAUAAUUUAGAAUCUAGACCAGGAAAUGAUGAGUCCUUUUUUCAUUUUAUCAUGUAUUCAAUAUCUCAUUAAAACCCAGAGCUAAAAUAUCAAAGUAUUUAAAUAAUAGGAAAUUGAGGUUAUCUGAUUUAAUAAAUGUACCAAAAUCUGAAAAGGAAAGCUAAUUAGAUUCUCAUCCACAAAAAUGUGAUCAAUAAUAAGAAGUAGAAGGACAAAGAAGUAGAAAAUAAUCAUUUACUUUUUAUAACGAUUAAGAUGAAGAAAAUGAAGCUAGAUAUUAGAAUCUUAAGAAAACUAAAAAAGAAUGA